UCGGUUGUCCUCCAUCGGUGAGCUCGCGCUAACUCUAUCAACCACUCACUCGUCCGCACGCACACAAUACAAGAAAAAAAAUAACUCCCAUCAAACUUUGUUUAAGGGGGGAUAAUUCUUUCUGAAAAGGAUAUUUUCUGUGACACUCUAGUACGUUGCUUAGAUUCGCUCACAAGUUAUUGUUAUUAAUAAACAACAAACAUAUCAUGUGGCAUUCAUUAUUCGCUAAUUAAAAACAUGCAAAGAGUUAGUGUACAGUUUGGUUGGAUUAUUUGCUAGUUAUUUCAUUCAUAUUUGAUGAACUUAAUAAGGUUUCUGUGUUUAACUUCAAGGAUUUAAGUGUGCUGUUGACAAUUUGCAUAUAUCCAGAACAUAGAUAAUUGGAUUUCACGUUUCCGACUAGCUUGAUGACCAGCUCUCUAGGAGUCGAACGUUGACCCAGAUAGAGUUACUUCCGUGAAUUUCAAACGGAUGUUGAUUAUUUACAGAAUGCUGGGAAGUCUUGCGCAGACAUUGGAUAUCUAGGCACAUAUCUUGCUAAGUAAAGAGCCUUCAGGUCAAUGAGAUCAACUGGAAGUAUAGAUGAAAUUAAGACUUGAUCACUAGCUACAUAGAAGUUCUGCUGAUGACGUUUGAGAAGAAAUUAUUUACAUAAAACUUUGAUGUAGACAUUGUACAUUACUUAGAACCAAACCCUUAGUUUUCUCAUCUCAAUAUAUAUAGUCUGUGUAUCUGUAGAACAAGACGUCUAUAUGUAUAUAUAAGCUCUUUAUUGUUACACAAAAUAUUCCAAAAAUGGCUGGAUUUAUUUCAACGAAGGACUCAGCAACGGACAUACAAGUGAGCUUAUUUCUACACAUUAAUUUGGAUUAAAGAGUUUUAAUGUCAAGAACCAUGGUCAACCAAUGGACUAUGUAUAAAUUUCGUCAGAACUUGAGUGAUACCGUUGUGAUUAUAAAUAUCGUAUUUAUGUGCACUGUGUUUUCUUACUAGCCUAGCUAUGUCUGUUACUUAAGUCUUUGAACAAACAACUGGAUUACUGAGCAAGUGUUUUAGUAGUGAUUUUGUAAAGCUUGAGUUCCAACCAUGCGUCCAUCUAGGUGACUCCUUUCAUUAGUUUAGGUGACCAUUUAGUUGACCCCUUGAACCCAUCUAGUUGACCCCGUGCAUCCAUCAAGGCACACCUUGCAUCCCUGUUGUUGACCCCUUGCAACCAUCUAGUUGAUCCAUUGCAUCCAUCUUGUUGACCCCUUGAAUCUAUUAGUUGAAAGCUUGAAUCAAUCUAGCUGGCUCUUUGCAUACGUCAAGGUGACCCUUGCAUCAAUCUAGCUGGCUCUUUGCAUACGUCAAGGUGACCCUUGCAUCAAUCUAGCUGGCUCUUUGCAUACGUCAAGGUGACCCUUGCAUCAAUCUAGCUGGCUCUUUGCAUACGUCAAGGUGACCCUUCCAUCCACCUAGUUGGCUCUUUGCAUACGUCAAGGUGACCUUUGCAUCCAACUAGUUGUCUCUUUGCAUACGUCAAGGUGACCUUUGCAUCCACCUAGUUGGCUCUUUGCAUCAAAUAGACCACCUUGCAUCGAUCAAAGACAUCUCCUUGCAUCCAUCUAGUUCAUUCCUAAUGGAUACAUCAGUUCCGAACCUCUUCUUCCCAAACACGACACUGGAUAUCUACCAGAAUGCCACCACGGAUAUUAACCAGCUGCUGGUGGAAACACUGGGCCAGAAGAGAAAGGAUAUCGUCUCGGCCGUGGCCCUGACCUUCGUCUAUUCGAUCAUCUUCCUAUCCGGAAUGGUGGGCAACAUCUGCACGUGCCUGGUCAUCGCGAGGUCACACUCCAUGCAGACGACCACCAACUAUUACCUGUUCAGCCUCGCAGUCUCAGAUUUAUUGCUCAUUUUUUUCGGUCUGCCCCCGGAGCUGUACGCCAUCUGGGAGGCGUACCCGUGGAGGCUCGGGGAGCCCUUCUGCUACCUGCGCCAAACGGUGCUGGAGCUGACCUCCUAUGCCUCUGUGCUCACCAUCACUGCCUUCACGGUGGAGCGGUACCUGGCCAUUUGCCACCCUCUGCUAGCGCACAAGAUCACAGCCCUAUCCAGGGCAGUCAAAAUUAUUAUCACCAUCUGGACAGUGUCCGUAGGAGUGGCCUUGCCCUACGCCGUCCACACCCGCAUUUACUACGGGGUGGUGAUCCCAGGCACCGACAUUCCUGUGCCGGACUCUCUCAUCUGCAGCAUCCCGCAACACUUCCUGUCCGGCUUUAUGUACUACAUGUUCCAGGUGUCCACUUUCCUUUUCUUCAUCGGACCGGUCACUUUGAUCGUCAUCUUGUACAUCAUGAUUGGCAUCGCCCUCCGGAGGUCUCCGCUGUCCAGGGCGUCGUCCGACGAGAAGCGGUACUCCAGUAUGCACUCCUCGUCCAGCCUGCCGCACCAGCCCCGCAGAGUGGUCAUUAGGAUGUUAGUUGCUGUGACCGCUGCCUUUAUAAUCUGCUGGGCACCUUUCCACACCCAGAGGUUGAUGAUCUUGUAUGUUUCUCUCUGGACGCCUCACAUGCUGGCUGUCCAGUCUCAUAUAUUUUACAUCUCAGGUGUGUUAUAUUUUGUGAGUUCUACUGUAAAUCCUAUUUUGUACAAUGUCAUUUCAAAGAGGUACAGGGCAGCUUUUAAACAGAUUAUCUUUCCUUGUUGUCACGGUAGCCCACAAAACACCACCAGUAUUGCAAGGCAUUCUGAGAGGUUCUCAAAGUCUCAGGCGAUGGUCGUCUUGAAAAAUGGCCAUGACAGUUUACGAGUUGUGUUCAGGCAGGACUCUAUCAACAAGACUCCAAACAUGCAGUCGACGCCCCUGAACGGAAGAGGACAGGAUAACGACGACGAAGCCCCGGUGAUCCAUUCCUCCAACAGCUCUGAGGACAGCGUGGGCCUCCCUUCCACGGACCAAUCCCCGGGCCGGCGGGCUGACCCGAGGUCCGUUGAGCUCGAGUCCGAGGACCCCGCCGGACAUUACGUCAUCAAAAACAAGGCGGCUGGUAUAGAGUUUCAGUUUCUGACCAGCAGCAGAAGGACAGUCGAGGAACUGAGGAAAGCGGAGAGGCCAAGGAACAGCUACGCCCAUCAGGUCAAUGGUCGCGCCUGCUUCAAGCCAGACUCCGUGGCCUUUACCAAAUGUGAUCCGAACCAUAAAUCUGUGGUUAGAUAAUUGGAACACUUUCUUAAACAUUUUUCAAAUUCAUUAUGUAAAAUAUGACUUUUAUUUCGAAUGUAACCGUUUUUUUUUCUUCCCUAUAAAAAUGUAUCUGUUCUACUGUACAAUAUUGAUUGUAAAUAUUUUGAUUACUGGUUAUGGAAUUGAUGCUAAAUCUUUGUGUUUUCAUCUUGGCCGCUAUAUUUUCUAAUACGUUGCUACAAAUUUUACCUUUGAGUAUAUAUGUAAAAGUAUAAAUGAUGUUUGCCUGACUUGUUUCUUUUAGCUUUAGACUAUUAUCUUUAGACUCUUUUAUCCUGUGACGGUACUUUUUAGAUUUUAAUAUUUGUCGACUCUAUUAUUUGAAGACUCAAGUAUUUGUAGACUUUAUUAUUUGAAGACUUUAGUAUUUGUAGACUCUAGUAUCUGUAAGCCUUAAUUAUAUGUAGACUCUAUUAUAUGAAGACUUUAUUAUAUGUAGACUCUAGUAUCUGUAGACUUUAUAAUCUGUAAAAUGUAUUAUCUGAAGACUUAAGUAUCUGUAAUCGCUAAUAUCUGACCAACUUAUUAUCUGUAAACUCUAUUUUUGAAGUCAUUAGUAUCCGUAGACGUUAUUAUCUGAAGACUCUAUUAUCUGAAGAGUCGAUUAUCUUUAGACUUUAUUAUCUGAAGACUCUAGUUUCUGAAGACUAGUAUCUGUAGAAUCAAGUAUCUGGGAACAGAAACUUCGUAGAUUUGUUAGUUUAGUGAAACAUCGUUUUACAAAACUGGACAGCCACAAAACUGCAACAACAAAAUACAGGUUUAUAAUAGAUACAUAGUUUCACCGUGGAGACAGUAGUUGCCGCGCCUUGUUUAACAUUUCCAUUAGGGAACUUUCAGAUAGUUCGUAACACUCUGCUUUUCAGAGAUCCCUAAACUGUAUGGUGAAAUACAUGCACUACGGGAAAUAGCAGGGUUUAUGUCCAGGGUUUUCGCAAUAGAAGAUUUGAACCUCUCAAGCCGUCACUCAAAUAUAGUUUGAUGAAUAUGAUACCAUUUUAUCCAUUUUAUCUAAAUCUUCAAUAGCUUUCAUGACCGUAUCUUAUUUUCAUUAUAAUGACUUUGAUUAUUGAGCCUUAUUUAAUCUUGUUGUCACAACAACAUUCGGAUGGUAUGACGUCACGAUGUGUUGUGAUGCCGGGGAUUUUACUUGAAUUCAAUAGUUAACAAAAAAUGAAGAUCUAGAAUCACAAUUGACAAUUCUUUGAUAAAACAAAACUCUGGAACUUUAUUAAAUACAACGUAAGUACAGUUUAUGUACAAAUUACAAAUCAAUGAGCAUGAAACAUAUUACAAAGGCUUUUCAAACAGAGCUCUUCGAAACACGACUGACUACAAAGGCAUUCUUUUAUCGACUGACUUUUCUUUCUUACUCCCGCCAAUUCUCUGGCGCUAACUCUUUUCAAAAAUGUCUUUGUUUAAAUUCAAAUCAACCAAUAGAUUUCAAACAUACUAAUUAAGUCCCUUGGGUAAAUCCUGACUUGAAUGACAAGUGUCUAAAUUUGAGGAUUAAAUCCCGAGACUCAUGUCGAGGGCUUAUAUUACUUUCAAAAGUGAAAUGUACAAACAAUUCUAUAAUGUAAUCUGUGACACUUGUAUACCGAAAUUCAUCUUAAUCUUUAUGACCUUUUCUUAAAGUAUACAUAAUGUAAUGAUCGUGUAAAAACAAACAAAUUGAAUGAUUUUUUUCAUAGUGCAUGUGAAGUCUAGUUACACUUUCUGUCAUGUCAACAUGUCAAAUGUGUAUAUACACUUUUUGUUGGUCAUUAUUCCUUGAUCGGUUAUUGGUCAGUCAUUUUGACAAGAUGUACAUUCAAAACAAUGUUCCUGUGAUAAGAAUGAAACGGGAACACGACAAUUGGUUCAUACGACAAUUGGUUCAAAUGACAAUUGGUUCAAACGACAAUUGGUUCAAACGACAGUUGGUUCACGCGACAGUUGGUUCACACGACAGUUGGUUCACGCGACAGUUGGUUCACACGACAAUUGGUUCAUACGACAAUUGGUUCAAACGACAGUUGGUUCAAACGACAGUUGGUUCACGCGACAGUUGGUUCACACGACAGUUGGUUCACGCGACAGUUGGUUCACACGACAAUUGGUUCACACGACAGUUGGUUCAAACGACAAUCGGUUCACGCGACAGUUGGUUCACACGGCAGUUGAAUCACGCUACGAUUUGGAUCACGCGACAAUUGGUUCACGAAAUAAGGUUCACAGGACGAAUGACUCACUGUGGUUUACAGAGAAAUCGCUUCUAUCCAGUGGACGAUUUGAAUGAAUUGUUCUUCGAGCCAUUUGUCGUGUGGACCUUUUCCUAUGAACGAAUUCUCGGUGAACAGUUAUUUUGGUCGGGAGAAUGACCGGUCGUGAACGAAUUGCAUGCGAAUAAUUAGUCAUGAAACCAGUUUUAAUUGAUCCAGACGUGGCGACGAUAGAAUUAUAAUUGAAUGCUCUAGCUCAGUGAUGCCCAACCUAUUUCAAUCUGCGGGCCAUUUUAAUUUCCAACACAAGUGUCGCGGGCCACUUGAUGGAAAAGAUGCAAAUACUAUAUAAAAUUGACCUGAAACUAUUUUAUUUCAAACCCGAGGAUCUAGUACUUACAUGGAAGUAUUGGGAUAUUUGAAUUUUCUCUUUACACUUUAAAAAAUGGCCUAAGUUCUGUUUGUAUUUUGUUAUUCUUGUUUUUUUUAAAAAACAGCCACACUUUCUUUAUAAAAAGAAAAACAUGUUGACUAGCAAUGGUAUCAUGUUCUACAAAAAAGUAAAGAUCCGUUCACUUUUCCUAGUCUAUAGUCCUAUUUCAUGAACUCACAAAUGUUAAAUCCAUGGUAGUAAUCCAUUAGAAGAACAGCGAGGGCCCUAAAGUUGUUAAAGAUACAUUUGAACAUUUUUUUUUGGGGGGGGGGGGAGGGGGAAUUUUCUAUAUUUUGUGCCGAUGUUUCGGCGGGCCGGAUGGAAGCAUAUCGAGGGCCGGAUGUGGCCCGCGGGCAGUAUUUUGGGCAUCACUGCUCAAGCUAAAGGCCUCAGUAUGUGACGAGAUUAUUCCCUAGAGAAAUUGUAGACACUAAGAAAUUGUGUAUUUUUAUGAUUUCACGUGAGAAGUAGCAAGAAAUGUCGUUAAAAAAAAAACAAAAAAAAAUUCUCGGAUUUUCACAUUUAUUUAUAUGAAAGUCUGAGACAAAUUUUGGUCCGAAAAAACAAAUAAGAGCAACAAAAACAAAAUGACAACAAAAAAUAAGAAUGUAUUUAUGUAGAAAUGAGAUCUCCAUAUAAAUUCUGUAUUCGCAUUUUUUUUUUUAAGGUUGAUAUCUAUAUAGUAUUCCUUGUGUAGCUGUCACUUAGAUUCUCAAAGGGAGAGAAUACUGGACAAAAGCCGUAUGCUUGAGAACAACACAAACUGACUUAACUCUUUCUCUCCGUAAUUAUUUACCACAUUCUGGUGGAAUCAACGCUGGUAUCGUCAGUUAGGAGAGAAAGAGUUAAUGCUAAAAGAUGAAAUACUCAGAAUAAACAAAUUGUUAAGCAUACGUACAGAGAAGACUAAAGUUUGCCGCCAUUAGAAUUGAGUUUAAAUCUGACGGUAACAGAAGUGCCUUUUUUUAAAUUUCAUUUAUUCAACAGCAAAACUUAUAGUCAACAUUGUGACUAUAUAAAUGUAUAUAUAAAAUGAUUUAUAACUGUGUAGAAAUAGCUACAAAGAAAUGGCAUAUAGUGUUCCACUAAUGUGCACUGUUAUCCUUAACUCAAAGUUACAGUGAAACUCUACGAGUGCACUUCCCUUACUGAAAGAGCCCCUAUCACGUUAGGACCUUGCAUAUUUCAGCAGAUACCUUACAUAUAAGCCCGGGGCAGUUAUAAUGACAAAAAGCAAUUGUUGUUAUCGGGCGUUGACUAGUAGCACCAAACUAUUGAUAGACAAUCAAACCGUUGUGGGUGUAAUGUAUCUUAAUUAAAAGAGCUUCGAAUAACUUGAAUAACUUCCUUUUGUAAACAAUACACUUUUAUUUAUAAAAAAAAACAAAUUCAAGCUGAAAUGAGAUAAAAUAACUGUAGUUGAUUUUAGUAAUAAUAUUCUUUAACAAAAUCUCACUGCAAUGACACAACCUUUCAGUUUUACUUUCUGGAGAUGUUUCUUUUAAGACAAUGCCACCUAUGUUGCAUAAUUCACAACCAAUCACUAACCUCUUCCCACCGUCACCAUAGAAACACACACACACACUCCAUAACAGUCAUAAACUACAUUACCAAAUGAAAUGUUAUUAAUUUAAAAAUACAUUAAGUGCUUUUUAUUUCUUUCAACGUGGGAGGUUAAUAUUAAGGUAUGCCCCGCCCGCCUAAUUUUUUUUGGUUCAAUCCUUAACGAAGCAAACCCAAAGGGCUCAAUACAUUUCAAUGUUGUCAUUAUAUGGAGCGACAUUCGAUUGAGCGAUACAACUAACAGAGUCAUUCUGAGUACAUCAUAACUCCUAGAUCUACAUCUACCUUUAGUGCAUUUGUGUUUUUACAAAACUUUGGGGAUUAUUAAAAAAAAAUAAAUAAAUAAAUCGUUCUAAAAUCACAGAUGCUCCUAAUGGACGAUAUUGACUUCUAAACAGUUGACAAACAUAUAUACACAAGCAUUAAGCAAACACUCUCUCUCUCAGACCUAACCAGAGUAGCAAUUAUACAUAAAACACUGAACCAUAAUCUUCAAAUACAAAAACAAAAUUUAAUAAAAUACUCUGAAAGACACAAAGAUAAAGGCACACUCCUCAUCCCAUAUGCUAGGACAAAUUUGUACAAACACUCCUUCUUCCCUAGUACUAUUAGAGCAUGGAAUGGGUUGCCUGAGCUAGCCAGGAAAACCAGUGACUUGGCAGAAUUUAAGUCAUUGGUUAAUAUGCAUGACCAAAUGCAUGACGUGUAGGACGUAAUUAUUUUCUUUUUUGAAGUAACGUCUGUAUUAUAUAAGAUAAGAUAAGAUAAGUAUGCUUCUCCUUAGGCCUACCAAAUUAAAGGGUAGUGGCUUAUCUUUAUUGCAGUGCACCUUUUGUUUUAAUACAAUACCUCUAUUGAAGUUGUACAUUUUGAAUGUGUGAGCAAUACCUUCCGGGCAAAGUCUUAAAACCUGGGUGGACACGGUUCUCGGAAACGGCUUUUACGAUUUUCAUGGAAAUUUGACAGCUGAUGUAUAUCUUUGGGGAAAAAAAAUUUACUAGCUUGUAGGGCUCUUUGGAAAAGCUUGACCAUUAAAAUCUUUCAAAGUGUAAAAAAAAAAAAAAAAUAAUAAUAUAAAUUUGGGUAGAGGACUAUGAAAACUUAAAAAUAUUUUGUGCACCGUCUUCGAAGUCGGAAUGAGUAAGGGUAAAAAAAUGUUCCUUUUUUUUUUUUUACAAAUCUUUUAUCAACUGACUCUGUCUGUCUGUCUGUCUGUUUCUGUUUUUCUUGUUUUUUUUUAAAUUCUGGCUUUAAUUUAAGAAAUUGUUGACCUACGUCCUGGUGCAAACAGGACGGCUCGGAGUCGAAGCAGGAUGUGUUUGAAAAUAGUUGUAAGCGCUAACUAGACUACCAGGUUGGUCUUGUCCUCUCUACAGUAGUCAUACCAAGUCACAUAGAAGUAAAAUGUUUGUAAAAAGCUUUACAUGUUUUGGAUGCUCCUUCAGAGUUGGAGAUAAUCUACUUCCUAGCCGGGUGCAUCAAGGGAACGAACAAUAGUCGUCUGCUGAUAGCAGACAAACAGACAGCCAUCGAUUACGCUGCGGGACUCCCAAAUUUAGCAUUAAUAUGAAUUGCGAAUCAUUACUAAAGAAAGAAUUGCACAACAUUACUACAGAAAGCCAUUCAUUACGUUGUGAUACUUCAAAUUUGUCAUUAAUAGUAAUUAGGCACCAUUUCUAAAGAAAGAACUGCGCACCAUUUCUAAAGAAAGAAUUGCGCACCAUGAAUAAAAAAGAAUUCGAGAGUAUUACUACAGAAAGAUGACGAGCCACUUAGUAACAUUAUUUUGUGACAACCACAGUGUAGGUUCUGAUAAAUGUAAUCUAUUAGUUUAGGACUAGAUAUUAUAGAGUCUACAUCUAAGAAAUGUAAAAUGUGUUUGAGAUUAAAAUCUCAACUUGCAGUGAGCACUUAUACUGGCAUCCAAAUAUACAGCAGUACUUUUAAGUUAGCGUGUUAAUUUCACUUAGAAAAUGAUGUGUAAUUUAAUGUAAAUAUUUAUAACCAAGAUUAAAACACAAUACUUUUAUAUAUGUAUUAAAAAUAUACAAGUUUGUCUGUGAAUAGUUCUUUACUAUAAUUUCUUAUUAAAACUUGACACAUACUGUCUUCAUUAAAAUCAAUAGUUAGUAAUGACAUAUUGUACCGUCUAUUUUUGUGAGAGUGAUUGAUCUAGUAAGUAGAUGAUGCCUUGAUUAAUAUUGAUGUAUAUGAAUAACAAAAUGGUGCUGGACUGGUGAAAUCCAUGACAGAACUCAACAUUUUUUCUGAUCUUUUCUAUUCUUCGUAACUUUUAACUUAAAUGUGUUAAUAAUGAUGACAGAUACUGCUUCAACAUCUGGCAACUCUUGUGUACUUUUUAAACAAAAAUAAAAUACUGUAAACAUUAAAAAA